AUGAAAUCUCUGUUUUUGCUACACAUCUGUUGGCUGGAAAUAAUCGCAGGUAUCUAAACUCUUCAUACCUUUUACAUGUAAUGAAUUCUAGAGUUAAAGGAGGUGUACCCUCUGGGACUUGGAGGUAGCUAUUGGGUAUCCUGCUGUAGGCCUAAUUAUUCAUCCUUUUGGAACACAUGCCAUAGAUUGGUAUAGAUGAGAUACUUUGAACAUGAGUGAUCUGAACACAUGCUAUAGAUUGGUAUAGAUGAGAUACUUUAAACCAUGAGUGAUCUAAACAAAUGCCAUAGAUUGGCAUAGAUGAGAUGCUUUGAACAUGAGUGAUCUGAACACAUGCCAUGGAUUGGUAUAGAUGAGAUACUUUGAACAUGAGUGAUCUGAACACAUGCCAUAGAUUGGUAUAGAUGAGAUACUUUGAACAUGAGUGAUCUGAACACAUGCCAUAGAUAUGUAUAGAUGAGAUACUUUAAACCAUGAGUGAUCUGAACACAUGCCAUAGAUUGGUAUAGAUGAGAUACUUUGAACAUGAGUGAUCUGAACACAUGCCAUAGAUUGGUAUAGAUGAGAUACUUUAAACCAUGAGUGAUCUGAACACAUGCCAUAGAUUGGCAUAGAUGAGAUGCUUAGAACAUGAGUGAUCUGAACACAUGCCAUAGAUUGGUAUAGAUUAGAUGCUUAGAACAUGAGUGAUCUGAACACAUGCCAUAGAUUGGUAUAGAUGAGAUACUUUGAACAUGAGUGAUCUGAACACAUGCCAUAGAUUGGUAUAGAUGAGAUACUUUAAACCAUGAGUGAUCUGAACACAUGCCAUAGAUUGGCAUAGAUGAGAUGCUUAGAACAUGAGUGAUCUGAACACAUGCCAUAGAUUGGUAUAGAUGAGAUACUUUGAACAUGAGUGAUCUGAACACAUGCCAUAGAUUGGUAUAGAUGAGAUACUUUGAACAUGAGUGAUCUGAACACAUGCCAUAGAUUGGUAUAGAUGAGAUACUUUGAACAUGAGUGAUCUGAACACAUGCCAUAGAUUGGUAUAGAUGAGAUACUUUAAACCAUGAGUGAUCUGAACACAUGCCAUAGAUUGGUAUAGAUGAGAUACUUUGAACAUGAGUGAUCUGAACACAUGCCAUAGAUUGGUAUAGAUGAGAUACUUUAAACCAUGAGUGAUCUGAACACAUGCCAUAGAUUGGUAUAGAUGAGAAACUUUAAACCAUGAGUGAUCUGAACACAUGCCAUAGAUUGGUAUAGAUGAGAUACUUUAAAACAUAUUUGAGUAAUCCCAGCAGCCCAGCUAACAAUGGUUGGUUUAAAUGUGACCCCGUUCCUCUGUCAUUAGGAAUCAGGGUGGAACCCUCAGUGGACCAGUAUGGGUUGAAGGGGGGUUCAAUAUGUCUGGCUGUUGCAGAACCUGAGAUUCUCAAAGGACUUCAAUGGAAGACGGGCAGUGAUGUAAUAGUUAGUGAUAAAGAGAUUUCUCCUAAAUAUAAGGAGAAAGUGGAUUAUAACUCUGUCAACCAUUCUCUGUGUAUUAAGAAUCUGCUGAACACAGACAGUAGAAUUUACAUGGGAAGUGCAAUUAAUCAGAGAGACUGGACUGAUUCAACUACCACAUACAGACUAAAGGUGCUUGGUGAGUUUUGUGAAGUUUUUGUGCUGGUAGUCAUCUUUUUGUUUAUUCAAUACAAUUAAAGUAUCUAGACCACUCAUAGAUGUAUGGAUCUCUUUCCCAACUCCAUUGGUUCUUGUAGAUCAUGUUCCCAAACCAGUUAUGGAUGUCACGUCUCUCUUCAACACAAGUGUGGGACUCUGUGACGUCACAGUGAACUGUUCAAUUAAAGAUGGCUGGAUGUUGUCUGUCUGUGGCGGGGGUCAGUGUACACGGUCACAACAGUUACUGUCUCUGUCUGGGGUCAACAUCAUCAUCUCCAAUGGCAACGGGACUAUCCAAUGCACCGGCAGCAACCACGUCAGCACACAGACCAUCUCUCAACCCAUGGAGGACAUAUGUAAGGUCCAAUCUAGCAUUCAUUUGGAGAUCUACCCGUGAGGUUAGAAGCUGAACCUCAUGUUGAUAUUGUGUAGUCAUUCUGUAAUAUCUCUGUCAUUGUUUAAUACUAAAUGAUGCGAUAUCAAAUAUUGUAAAAAAUAUAUCCACAGGGAAAAGCACACACAGGAUAUCAAAGUUAUAUGUUUAGUAUUUUUAUUUAUUUAGAGCCAACACAUAAACACCCAAUAUGUUUAUGUGUUGGCUCUAUGUGUUAGGUCUUUUUUUAAAUGAAUUUCUCAAUUUGACAAAAGCUCUGACGGAGGCCUUGAGGCCGAUACGUAAAGCUUAUUAAAGAGCAGUGACACAAUCAGGAGCAGUGAUACUAUCAGGAGCAGUGAUACUAUCAGGAGCAGUGAUACUAUCAGGAGCAGUGAUACUAUCAGGAGCAGUGUGCAGGCUUCUUCUUUUUUCUCCCAUUGACCUUUUUUGGAAUUAGCACCGCAAACAUCUACUUGGAACAGCUGAUUUAAUCUUGGCUGCAAGGACUUUUGUUUGAACGAUAUGAUACAUAAACGGUACCUACCAUAAAGUAAUGUUGACUGUUGGAAACAAUUAACAUCACAUUAGACCAAACGUGUUAAUGAAAUAUUGUAUUUUUGGCUCUGAGAGGGUAACCCAGAUUGUGUGUCCCAGGUAUUGGUGAGAAGGACGGCAAAGCUUCAGCAUUAUCAGUCAGGACCAUUGUGGCCAAUACUGUUCGAUCAGUGUUUGUUUAUGUUGGAUUGGCAGGCACCAUAAUGGCCAUCAUAAAGGUCAAAAGAUGGAUAUCCUCAAAAGAAGUUGACUCAACUCAGGUACUUCCUGUGAAAUGCAUUUGACUUUUUAUAAAUAUAUUAUUUUAAUUUAAUUUUAAAUUGUUUUACUUUGUAAGCUUUGUUGAAUGAAGAUUUGAUGUAAUUGUAAUGUCUCAUCUUUAGGAAGUCAUCGUUGACACCUCAGUGAAUGAUUCAGCAGAGGUGAGGCCAGAACCACUUGGCCCUCCUGAGGUAGAAACACUUUACAGAAAUAUGCAGAAACCAGGACAGCAACAAUAA